AGGCCUCAUGAGGACAUGAAGGCGGCAUUUAUGGCUGAAAUGAAAGCUGAAAACAUCAAGCGGUCUCUUUACAAUUUUACACAGCUUCCUCACCUAGCAGGAACAAAGGAGAAUCUGCAUCUGGCACAGCAAGUCCAAGCUGAGUGGAAGGAGUUUGGUUUGGAUUCUGUUCAGCUGGUUCAUUAUGAUGUCUUGCUCUCUUACCCAGAUGACUCUAAGCCAAACUACAUCUCAGUAAUUGAUGAGCAUGGAAAUGAGAUUUUCAACACAUCAUUGUCUGAGCCUCCUCCUCCAGGAUAUGAGACUGUUAGAGAUGUGGUGCCACCCUACAGCGCAUUUUCAGCCCAAGGAAUGCCUGAGGGUGAAUUAGUGUAUGUGAAUUAUGGCCGCACUGAGGACUUCUUUCUGCUAGAGCGUACAAUGGGAAUUGACUGCACAGGAAAGAUUGUUAUUGCCAGAUAUGGGAAGAUCUUCAGAGGAAACAAGGUGAAGAAUGCUGAACUGGCAGGUGCCAAGGGAAUUAUUCUAUACUCUGACCCUGCUGACUACUGUGCCCCAGGAGUAGAUCCCUAUCCAAAUGGCUGGAACCUUCCAGGUGGAGGAGCCCAGCGUGGAAAUGUAUUAAACUUGAAUGGGGCAGGAGAUCCUCUGACACCAGGUUAUCCUGCAAAAGAAUACACCUACCGAUUAGCCAAAGCCAGGGGUGUAGGUCUCCCAAAAAUUCCAGUUCAUCCUAUUGGCUAUCAUGAUGCUGAAUCAUUACUGCGUAAUAUGGGAGGACUUGCACCACCUCAUAGCAGCUGGAAAGGAAGUUUGAAUGUAUCUUACAAUGUCGGUCCAGGUUUCACACCAAGUUAUUCUUCAAGAAAGGUGAAAAUGCACAUUCAUAGCAACAAUGAAGUAAGAAGGAUUUACAAUGUGAUUGGUACCAUCAGAGGCACAGUGGAACCAGACAGGUAUGUCAUCUUGGGAGGUCACCGCGACUCAUGGGUUUUUGGUGGCAUAGAUCCUCAGAGUGGAGCCGCUGUGGUUCAUGAGAUCGUGAGGAGCUUUGGAAAGUUGAAAACGCAAGGAUGGAGGCCAAGGAGGACAGUGAUAUUUGCAAGCUGGGAUGCAGAGGAAUUUGGCUUGUUAGGAUCAACAGAGUGGGCUGAGGAAAAUGCCAAAGUGUUGCAAGCACGGGGAGUGGCUUACAUCAAUGCAGAUUCCUCUGUCGAAGGAAACUACACACUACGAGUGGAUUGCACACCACUGAUGUACAGACUGGUGUACAGUCUGACUAAAGAGAUUCCAAGUCCUGAUGAGGGGUUUGAAGGAAAAUCUCUUUAUGAGAGCUGGUUACAAAAAAAUCCAUCAAGAGAAUACAGCAAUGUUCCCAGAAUAAAUAAACUGGGUUCUGGCAAUGACUUUGAAGUCUUUUUUCAACGUCUUGGUGUUGCUUCAGGCAGAGCACGUUACAGUAAAAAUUGGGAAGUAGAAAAAUAUAGCAGCUAUCCAGUUUACCACAGUGUCUAUGAAACCUAUGAAAUUGUGGAAAAGUUUUAUGAUCCCACUUUCAAGAAUCAUCUUACAGUAGCUCAGGUACGGGGAGGGCUGGUUUUUGAACUGGCCAACUCCGUUGUGCUUCCUUUUGACUGUAGAGAUUAUGCAUCAGCUGUGAACAGCUAUGCUCACAUCAUCUAUAACUUGUCAAGGAAGCAUGAAGAGGAAUUGGCAACAUACAAUGUAUCCUUUGAUGCUCUCUUUUCUGCUGUGAAAAAUUUUACAGAAGUUGCUGCUAGCUUUCAUGAGAGACUGCAACAAAUAGAUACCAAUAACCUACUUGCUGUCAGAUCACUAAAUGAUCAGCUCAUGUUUCUAGAAAGGGCUUUCAUCGAUCCUCUUGGAUUACCUGGCAGGCCAUUCUAUAGACACAUCAUCUUUGCUCCAAGCAGCCAUAACAAGUACGCAGGAGAAUCAUUCCCAGGAAUCUAUGAUGCCAUGUUUGACAUUGAAAACAAAGCUGAUCAACAAGAAGCCUGGGAAGAAGUUAAGAGACAGAUUUCCAUUGCAGCCUUCACCGUACAGGCAGCAGCAGGGACACUGCAAGAAGUAGCAUAA